AUGUCUGCGUACGCGGUGCUGCUGGGCGCGAUGACGGGCAUCAUGGUGUGCGACUACUGGGUGGUGCGCCAGCGCAAGCUCAAGCUGAUGGACAUGUUCGAGCCCAGCAGCCGGUCGAUCUACUGGUUCCGCGCGGGCUUCAACUGGCGCUCGUUUGCGGCGUGGGUCAUCGGCUUCGCGCCGCUGAUGCCCGGCUUUGUCAACGCGUGCAACACCAGCAUCGAGAUCCCCGCCGGCGCCAAGCACCUGUACCAGCUGGCGUUCAUCUACGGCUUUGUGGUGUCGUUCCUGCUGCACUACGUGUUCAACCGGCUGUCGCCGCCCGCGGGGCUCGGCGAGCUCGACACGGUGAAUCCGUUUGGCACCUUCACCGAGCAGGAGGCGCGCCGGCUCGGC